GUUCCCAGGCAAUCAUGUCGACGGCCAUGAACUUCGGGACCAAGAGCUUCCAGCCGCGGCCCCCCGACAAGGGCAGCUUCCCGCUGGACCAUUUAGGCGAGUGCAAGCGCUUCCAGGAGAAGUUCAUGAGGUGCCUCCGGGACAGUCACUUUGAAAGUGCCCGGUGCAGAAGCGAGUCCAAAGACUACUUAGAGUGCCGAAUGGAGAGGCAGCUGAUGGCCCCAGAGCCGCUGGAGAAGCUGGGCUUCCGAGACCUGAAGGCUGAGGAACCAGCCACAUAGGACAGAUGUUGAUGAGGUAGUGCACAUCGUGCUGCACCCCGCACAGCCGUGAGGCCUGCCCCAGGGCACCCUCACCUGGGCUGCAGGUGACAAACUCACCACAUAGCUGCCUCUGCGGUCAGCGUGGUGGUCCACUUGGCACUCCUUGAUCUACUGCGACAGUGCCCUGGACUCCUGCCCUCUGGGCUGGCCUAGCGCCUCCCUUCACCAGCUUGAGCCCUCAGCCCCUCCCUUCCCCGCCUGUCGAAUAAAAGGGUUGACUGAG